UUCGAGGCCCGGCAGUCGGUGCGACCCGACGCGUCCCAGGACGCAGACCCGCGCCAGCGGUGGAGCCAGAACCCAGGCCGAGGCGAGCCACAGCCUCAGCCUCCACCCGCCGACGACCAGCGACAGAGAUACGAAUCGCGCACCCCGACUAGAGGAGACUAUACAUCUGACACUGACACUUGGGCACGCUACGAGUCAAGAAUGAGAGAUGCCCCCAUCGACUUGCUGAGGACGCGCGACAGCGCCUCCGAGUCGGAGGGCCGGCCGAGGUUCGAGUCGCGCACCCCGGGCCGCGGCGGCGGCGGCGAGACGGUCGAGGCGGCGCGCGCGCCGGCGGAGGGCGACGGGCGAGGGCAGCGGUUCGAAGGCCGCGGCGCGGCCAAGGCCGCCGACGCCGAGCCCAAGGGCCAGGACGCGCGCGCCAAGUUCCCGACCAGGGCCGAGUACGACCCCCGCCCAGCCAAGCCGCCCGGCCGCACGCUCGCCGGGGAGGCGAAGUUCUCCAACGGACGCGGCGGCCCCACCACGGAGGAGCCCGCCUCGGGCGCCGCCCCCGCGCCCGCCCCCGCCCCCGCACCGGCGGAGGAGCAGCCCCGGCAGCGCUUCGAGCCGCGCACACCAGGGAAGUACUCGCCGCGGCCCGCCACGCCCCCGCCGCCCCCGCAGGACCUUGACAAGGCCGUC